CUUUAUAAGAAACUUGAUAGAAUAUACCAAAGUUGACUAACGUUAGUCCUCCAGUCCAGUAGGUGGUUUGCCAACCAUCAACCGUUAAGUUACAUACAAGAAGAAGAAGAAGAAGAAGAACAGCAGCUGACUGACUGUCACAAUGAGGUUCCGAUUUUGUGGAGAUCUGGACUGCCCUGACUGGGUCCUUGCAGAAAUAAGCACCUUAGCUAGAAUAUCGAGCGUCAAGAUGAAACUUCUGUGUGUGCAAGUCAUGAAAGAUCUGCUGGAUGAAGGCAUUGAUUAUGACAAAGUUUCAAAGCUGACCACCGAUGCAAAAUUUGAAAUUGGAGACAUUAAAGCCAGUGUUGCUGUGCUGAGUUUCAUUCUGUCCAGUGCUGCUAAACAUGAUGUAGACAGUGAAUCUCUCUCCAGUGAACUACAGCAGCUUGGCCUGCCUAAAGAGCACGCCACAGGACUGUGUAAAUCAUAUGAAGAUAAACACAGUGCUCUACAGGAAAAGCUGAGGGAGAGCAGCCUACGAUUGGGUCGCCUGGAAGCGGUGAACUGGCGUGUGGAUUACACCCUGAGCUCCAGUGAAAUAAAGCAAGUGAAUGAACCCACAGUCCAGCUCAGACUUCAGGCUCAGGACCCCGAGACCGACUCCACAGAGACCACCGUUGUCUCCAUCACUGCUGACAAGUUCAGAGUCCUGCUAACAGAACUCAAACAAGCACAGACUAUGAUGAAUGCACUACAGUGAACCAGUCAUCCAUUGUUGAAGAGUAUUGAUGAAAUCUGUCCGUUUACAUGAAAUGUGCUUCUCAGAAAGAAAGAAACAUUUAUGUAUUUUGUUGAGGUGGCCAAAUGUGGUUGCUCAAAUUGAGCACUGACCUGAACAAAAGCACAUCAAUCAGAUUUAUAUGCAUUUCUUUUUCGACCAGAUGUCACUAGAAACUUAAUUUUGUCACUGUGUUGAUUGACAUCCAGAGAACAAAAAGCUUAGUGAUUCAUCUCACCUCAUGUAUUUGUCUUAAUAUCAUGUGCAUUUUCUUUAAAAAAAAUAAAUAAUAAAAUGUAAUA